AUGCACGUAGAAUUUCCGAUACUACGUCAGUUAGAAAAUGAUCGACCUGAACACUACCUACAAGCAUUACAAGACUUUGCACCAGAAAAUACUGAUCUGGUAUUAUGUAUUUUAACUAAUAGUCGAAAAGACCGUUACGAUGCAUUGAAGAAAUUUCUUUGUCUUGAUAAUCCAAUACCAUCCCAAAUGGUUCUUACGAAAACAGUUGCAGCUACACGCCGCAAUCAACUCGUGUCAGUUGCAACGAAAAUCGGUAUACAGAUCAAUGCGAAACUAGGUGGGGAAAUAUGGGGUGUACAUAUUCCAACAAAAACUCUGAUGGUUAUUGGAAUGGAUUCAUAUCAUGAUUCUAAACGUCGUGGUGCAUCCGUUGGGGCAUUUGUAGCGUCGACAAAUCCGUCAUUAACAAAAUUCUAUUCUCGAGUUGUAUAUCAACGUACAGCACAAGAAUUAAUAGAUGGUUUAACUCGAUGUAUGACUGAAGCCUUAAGAGAAUAUCAUCGAAAUAAUGAUUGCUUACCAGAGAAAAUUGUUAUUUAUCGAGAUGGUGUUGGUGAUGGACAACUAUCAGCGGUUGCUGAACAUGAAUUACCACAAAUAAUUGAAACUUUUCCAAAGAUAAGCGAAGGUUAUGAACCUAAACUUGCUGUUGUCGUUGUGAAAAAACGUGGUAAUACACGGUUCUUUCAACAAGAUGGCCGAAAUGUUCACAAUCCUCCGCCGGGAACUGUCAUCGAUCAUACCGUUACCAAUGCUGACUGGUAUGACUUCUAUUUGAUCUCUCAGUGUGCUCGACAAGGUACAAUCGCACCGACGCAUUACAACGUCAUUUGGGAUCGAACGAACUUUAAAGUUGAUCACAUGCAGCGACUAACCUUUAAACUAUGCCAUCUGUAUUAUAAUUGGCCAGGAACAAUACGAGUACCAGCCGUAUGUCAAUAUGCACACAAAUUAGCAUUCCUAGUUGGCCAAAGUCUUCAUCAACAAUUCAGUGAACGACUUGCUAAUAAACUUUUCUACUUACAAAUCCGUUGGCAAACUACUGAUGUUCCACCGAGAGAGGAACCAGCCGCUGAUGUCAGCACGAAUGUGACACCGACGAAACAGAGCAAUCUCAUGGAAUUUUUCGACACAAGUGAUAAUGUGCGUGAAGCAAAGGUUAUUCAUGGUCGUUGGUGGUAUUUGGAUGAAUUACGUUUGAAAAGUAAUGGGGAUUUACAUAAACUCUGGUAUGUGCUUCUCAAGGAACGAAAUCGUCUAUUAACGAUGGAAGAAGAAUAUCGUUAUCAAUAUGAACUAUUUCCAAAUCCAGAACGUAUUGAUAAAGUAGAGGAGAGUAUGCGCAAUAUAAUGACGGUUGUUCGCGAGCGCGACAUUGCGUAUAAUCUACUGGAAACAGGUAGAACUGGCGAACCAACUCCACAGAUUCGUGAGACAAGUUUCGGUCUUCUACGAUACUAUCAACCAAAGGAGCGUAUUUUACCAUUCUAUAAAAAUCGUUACUACCAACUGCUAUGGGGCAAACGCAGAGCAGCGCCGUGGACAAAUAUCUUCAAACGACGUUACAAUGAAUUUCAAGAACAUCAAGAGCAUCAAGAAACUAAUCGUAUUCGAGAAAUCGUUGCGAAUGUUAUACAAAAAUAUCCACAUUUACGUAACGAAGAGGAACGUGUCAUGGAGGAAUAUAAGAAGCGUUUCGAUUUCGAACAAUAUCAUAUACCAAAACGAUUGGCACGACGACCGAAGUUACGUGCCCAUGAAACUGUUUGGAAUGAACAAGAAUUCAUUGAUCAUGGCGAUUUGACUGACUCGAAUAGUAACGAUUACGAGCGUUUACAACAAGAAAAAGCUAGUCGAAUGCGUCGAAAGAAGAAAUAA